AUGGGCGUCUAUCAUUUCUUUCUAUUUCUGUCUUUAAAUCUAUUAUUUAAGAGCGUGAUUUCGAUCCUCACCUCUACUACUACUAUUCAGCUUGCGUCAGUCAAAGGCUCAUUGGCUGUCUCCAGUCCGCUUGGGAAAUUUAAUAAUAUCACCACGACAAGUCAUUCUUCUGCGCCAUCAUAUUGGCUCGAGGAAAUCGCUCAUCAGGGACUUGCCUCUUUCAAUUUUAACGACACCUCAUAUCAAGUAUUCCGCAAUGUGAAAGAUUUUGGAGCCAAAGGGGAUGGUAUAACAGAUGAUACUGCUGCAAUCAACAAAGCCAUCAGUUCCGGCGGAAGAUGCAAACCUGGCGACUGUCAAUCUACAACAACAACUCCUGCCACGGUAUACUUCCCAGCUGGGACUUAUAUCAUCUCAUCUUCCAUCGUUGAUUACUACAUCACUCAGAUUAUAGGUAAUCCAAACCAACUCCCAGUAGUUAAGGCUACUGCAAAUUUCACUGGAUUGGGUUUGAUUGACGGAGAUACAUAUGGGGCCAAUGGACUCAAUUUUGGAGCCACAAAUGUCUUCUAUCGUCAGAUUCGUAAUCUGGUGUUGGAUCUGACGGAAAUCCCGUCUAAUUCAUCAGCCUAUGGAAUCCACUGGCCUACUGCACAAGCCACCAGUCUACAGAAUAUUGUAUUUCAAAUGAGCGAUGCAAUUGGAACUAAGCAGCAAGGCUUGUUCAUCGAGGGAGGCUCCGGUGGCUUCAUGAAUGAUCUGAUCUUUAAUGGCGGCAAAACGGGGGCCGUAUUUGGCAACCAGCAAUUUACAGUUCGAAACUUAACCUUCAAUAAUGCUGUAACAGCCAUUGACCAAAUCUGGGACUGGGGAUGGACAUAUAUGGGAAUCAAUAUCAACAAUUGUACCACUGGAUUGAAUAUGUCCUCAGGCGGAUCAUCAGACCAAGCUGUAGUGUCUGUCACACUGAUUGACAGUAGCUUCAGAGAUACUGACGUCGCCAUCCUCACAGCUUACAAUAAUUCAUCUUUGCCAGAGGCUGCAGGAAAUCUUAUUCUUGAUAAUAUCCAUUUGACGAAUGUUUCAAUUGCCAUUCAGGAGUGGCAAAAUACUGUUUUGGCUGGAACUAGCAACCAAUCAAUGAUCAUCAAUGGAUGGGGAGAAGGAAAUCAAUAUACACCAAAUAACUCAACCCGCUUUGAGGGAUAUAUUGUUCCCUUUCCUCGCUCUGAGUCUCUUUCCCCCCGUGGAAAGUUCUACGCCCGUUCAAAACCUCAGUAUGAAGACUAUCCGCUUUCUGAGUUCGUUUCAGUCCGUACAGCGGGUGCUACUGGAGAUGGGGUCACUGAUGACACGGAUGCAUUGAACCAUGUGUUUGCACUCGCGGCCAUCGCCAAUAAGAUCGUUUAUAUCGAUAGUGGAGUUUACCUCGUCACGUCGACUAUUCAUAUUCCAUCCCGUUCGAGGAUUGUCGGUGAAUCGUAUCCAGUAAUCAUGGGAUCGGGAUCAUUUUUCACAGAUAUUGUUCAUCCUCAACCUGUUGUCCAAGUUGGCCUCCCCCUGGAGAGAGGUGUUGUUGAAUGGUCGGAUACGAUUGUUUCGACACAAGGAUAUAUGGGAGGAGCCAUUUUGAUUCAAUGGAAUCUAGCCAGUCCAGCGUGGUCUCCUUCCGGACUUUGGGAUGUCCACACGCGUAUUGGCGGAUUCGUGGGUUCUGAUCUCCAGUUGGACCGCUGCCCCGCUACCGCUAAUAGUACUGAGAUUGUUCUUGAGUGUAGAGCUGCGUUCAUGUCAAUGCACAUCACCAAGUAUGCAUCCGGUCUUUACCUAGAAAACAACUGGUUUUGGGUUGCCGAUCACGAUAUCGACGACCCUAAUCUAUCUCAAAUCACAAUUUAUGCAGGCCGUGGGCUUUAUUGCGAAUCUAGAAAAGGAGCUAUAUGGCUUAUUGGGACUGCUGUUGAGCAUCAUACUUUAUAUCAAUAUCAGUUUGAUAGUACGAGAGAUAUUUUUGCAGGGCAGAUUCAGACGGAAACUGCCUAUUAUCAACCGAACCCCGUUGCGAUUUACCCCUUUCCAGCAUUGGAUGAAUGGAAUGAUCCCGAUUUCGCCAGCUCAUGUGGAAAUACAACGGGAGAGAACUGUGCAGAAGGAUGGGGUCUACGAAUCAUUGACAGCGAGCAUGUCUAUGUAUAUGGCGCUGGAAUGUACAGUUUCUUUGAUAAUUAUAGUACUUCGUGUUCUGCCCAAGGAAAUGGCGAGGCUUGUCAAGCUAGAAUCUUCAGUCUGGAGGGGGACAGCUCGAAGAUCGGUAUUUACAACCUGAAUACAGUAGGUAUCACGAGUAUGAUCACUAUUGAUGGGAUAGAUAUUGCGAAUUAUUCUGACAAUAUUGCGGGGUUUGUGGAUCAUGUUGCUUUAUUUAAAAGCGAGGAAUAA